AUGGAGGCACGGCUAUUAUCUGUAGAUAAUGAAGAUGAAGAUGAAAAGUCCGUCUCUGAUGAAACUGAAAAGUGCAGUAGUCCAGAGAAGAAAGAAAAGAGGGACACUGGAAGCCUCUCAGUCGAAAUCACUACGCCUAAUCCUAAAGCUAACGUUUCUAAUAACCUCAAUUACACCAGUGAGAGGUCAGAAAAUAACACCGAUAACUCGAAUAAGAUAGCGAUUUCUCGAAAUCUGGACAUGCAAGCGACAACUUCAUUACCGCCGUGCACGACCACCAAAAAUGGCAGCAGAGACUGCGAAAACAAACACGAGGAACCGAGAGAGGCAACAGAUUUGAGCGUGAAGUACUUAGGGGAAACUACUGACGGAACGGAUGGACCGAUGAGAGUCGAGGACGACUUUGCCUACAUUACAGAUACCCCAGAAAAUCAUUUGAGCGGAGACAGAGACACUGUAUCUGGGGAGAUUGAAUCAGAUCCAGGAAAAAUUAUUACUCUACACUGGACUCUCAGAUUUGAGCCAGAAGACAGCUCUUCUGAGAGUGGGGAGCACCCUCACCCCCCAGCUGAUGACGGACGUGACGUGUUCGAACAAAAUGUAUACGUGGAUCACGAUGAUAGUCCUGGACACGGACAUACGUCAAACUUUCCCGAGCACACGAGAACUGAAGGAGGUUAUUCAGAAUAUUUAGACCAGCUGCCCCUGCCAUCUGGGGCGGCCCAAGUGUUUCCAUACAUGCAAAGUGCAGGGCCACCCUCAGUUGGGGAAUACCCAGCUACAGACCAAGUUAUAGUUCCUGUUGUGGAAUCGCUUUACCCGCCGCCGAUUUCAGAGGCGCUUGAGCACGAGUUGGAGCCAGAGUCUGGAUUAGUUCUCCCAGAUGAUGAACUGGCGGAUAGCCUAGUUGACAUGGAGUCGGAACAUAGAAUGCCCUUUGUUGAUGCAUCAGAAGAAGAACCACUUCAUCCCGAUACCACGUAUAUUCCGUCAUCGCUGGAAGAGCCAGUUGAGAUGGAGCCCGGACUUCCAGCGUCGUUUGCGGUCACAUCAGUAGAAGAACCAUUUGAUUCUGAUACCAUGUAUAUCCCGUCAUCACUGGAAGAGCCAGUUGAGAUGGAGCCCGGACUUCCAGCGUCUUUUCCGGACGCAUCAGUAGAAGAACCACUUGAUCCUGAUACCACGUAUAUUCCGUCAUUGCUGGAAGAGCCAGUUGAGAUAGAGCCCGGACUUCCAGCGUCGUUUGCGGUCACAUCAGUAGAAGAACCAUUUGAUUCUGAUACCAUGUAUGUCCCGUCAGUUGAGAUGGAGCCCGGACUUCCAGCGUCUUUUCCGGACGCAUCAGUAGAAGAACCACUUGAUCCUGAUACCACGUAUAUUCCGUCAUUGCUGGAAGAGCCAGUUGAGAUAGAGCCCGGACUUCCAGCGUCGUUUGCGGUCACAUCAGUAGAAGAACCAUUUGAUUCUGAUACCAUGUAUAUCCCGUCAGUUGAGAUGGAGCCCGGACUUCCAGCGUCUUUUCCGGACGCAUCAGUAGAAGAACCACUUGAUCCUGAUAACACGUAUAUUCCGUCAUUGCUGGAAGAGCCAGUUGAGAUGGAGCCCGGACUUCCAGCGUCGUUUGCGGUCACAUCAGUAGAAGAACCAUUUGAUUCUGAUACCAUGUAUAUCCCGUCAUCACUGGAAGAGCCAGUUGACAUGGAGCCCGGACUUCCAGCGUCUUUUCCGGACGCAUCAGUAGAAGAACCACUUGAUCCUGAUACCACGUAUAUUCCGUCAUUGCUGGAAGAGCCAGUUGAGAUAGAGCCCGGACUUCCAGCGUCGUUUGCGGUCACAUCAGUAGAAGAACCAUUUGAUUCUGAUACCAUGUAUAUCCCGUCAGUUGACAUGGAGCCCGGACUUCCAGCGUCUUUUCCGGACGCAUCAGUAGAAGAACCACUUGAUCCUGAUGCCACGUAUAUUCCGUCAUUGCUGGAAGAGCCAGUUGAGAUGGAGCCUGGAAUUCCAGUGUCGCUUGCGGACGCAUCAGUAGAAGAACCACUUGAUCCUGAUACGUUGUACAUCCCGUCAUCACCAGACGAGCCAGUUGACAUGGUGCCCGGACUUUCAGUGUCGUUUACGGACGCGUCAGAAGAAGUACUGUUGGAUCCUGAUACAUUGUCACAUACUCAGUCGUUGCUGGAUGAGAUAAUUGACACAGAACCCGUACUUCCAGUGUCAUUUAUAGACGCUUUAGAAGAAGAGCCAUUUGAUCCUGACGCGUUUUAUAUUCCGCCAUCGCUGGGUGAGCCAAUUGACUUAGGGCCCGUACUUCCAGUGUCACUUAAAGACGCGUCAGGAGAAGAACUAUUUGUUCCUAAUACAGUGUCACAUAUUCCAUCAUCGCUGGAUGAACCAGUUGACAUUGAGUCCGGAUUACCAAUGUCGCUUGUGGACCUGCUCACUGGCUUACCAUUCAGAAAUCCGUCAUCGCUGGAAAAACAAUCAAUCAUCUAUGACGACAAUGUGCAGGGCGCGGAACUACAGGAGAUCAUCGAUGAGUCAACAGGCGGACAGUUUGAUCCUGCUGCAAUGUCGCUUGAAUAUCUACCUGCCUAUGGCGAAACUGGUCUAGAAAGCUACGUCGAAAAAGACCAUCGUGAUCUUAUCGACAUCGCGCAAGGAGCUCCUUGCCGAUGUAACGAAGUCGUAGCUCGCAAUUUCAACAAUCGCCCCUGA